AUGGUUUCGGAGCUCGAAGAAGUAAGUUGUUUACGACCGCAAACUAACCCCCAGCUUGUAGAAUUUUUGCAUGCUCCGUACAAAAUCAGGGAGAUAGCCCUGGAAAACUUGGUACAAUUCUCUCCCUCGGGACGGAACCCAGCGCUCUUCAAGCACAACAAUUGCGAGCCUAUCAGAGAUCUCAAGAACCUGAGCAGGGAGAAGGACUCGGCAAUAGUAAUGAAUGCGCUAACUAUUUUGGCUAAUCUCUGCGAUGACCUCGAAUUCCGCAAACUGAUAGUAGAGGACGAUGAUUUUGUCAAGUACCUCAUGCAACAGCUAGUCAACUUGAAGAACACAAACUCAGAUCUCAUAUGUAUACUCCUUGCCAAUCUCGCCAAAAGCGACGAAAUCGUGAAAAUAUUUGAUUUCAAGGUGGAUCUCGACCAAACAGACAAGGAAGUCUUCCAGAGCAGCCAUUGUAUGGACUGCUUGAUGGAUCUGUUUGUCAAGGGAGCAGACCGCAAGAUCAACAAAUAUGCCACUUACGACUACCUCUCAUACUUCUUUGCUGACAUCUCCCGCUUCCCACGCGGUCGAGAGUACUUUGUGACCGAGCAGGAGUACGAUCACGUCGUUCCUAUUGCCAAAUUGCUGGUCUUCACAGAAAAAUACGAUUCCAAGACGAGGAGGGAAGGUGUCGUCUACACUAUCAAAAAUUCGCUUUUCGACACCAAUCGGCACAUGGAGCUGCUGGAGAACGAGAAAAUCAAUAUUUUACCGUACAUCAUUGGUCCGUUUGCUUUGGCCGAGAAUAGAGGUCUAAAAGACGAUGAAAUCUUUGAUCUGCCAGAAGAGCUGCAGCUCCUCGGCCCAGACAAGAAAACUGAACCUCUCAAGGAGCUGUUGGUGGCACAUCUGGAGAGUGUCUUGCUGCUCUGCGUUACCAAGGAAGGCAGAGAGCAUCUGAGAGGAAAGAGCGUGUAUCCACUUAUCAGAGAGCUACAUAAGGUCGCCAAAGACGAAAAGGUGGAGGAGCUCUGUGACAAAGUGGUCCAGAUGCUGAUGCGGGACGAGCCGCCGGAGGACCAGGCUGCUGAGGACCAGGAUGAGGACUCAGAUGAUGAAAAGAUUACGGAGAUAAUUUAA